CAUUUGUGCAUGGUACAUCUGUAUCCUAAUUGGGUAAGGUAGCCGCACCCCACCCUCGUAAUUUAGGAUUAUCAACAACAACCUUAUUUAAAUUGAACCACUGGUUCUGAAACCGGUACAGCAUUAAUACCGGAAUGUUUGGCAGAGACAGCAAACCAAAAGAAGUGUUCGAUAGUCAUUUCUGGCAUUGGUAUGUUGAUAGUUAUAGUCGGUGGCCCGUAAAUCCAUUGGGUGAUCCUUUACCACUAAAUAAACAAAAAUACUAUGCUGCUUCUAGUUCGGUAGUAACUGUCCAAAAGUAUUUUGAUCAGUUGGGAAUCGUAGUACCAUCUGCUCAUCAAGUCAUUGCAUUACUUAAAUCUCCAUUCACUCAGGGAGACCUUGUGAAAACGUUCCAUCUUAUACGAUUCUUUCAACUAAGUUCUGAUGGACUCUUUUUAACUAAUUCACGAUCUGAUAAGUUAGGAGGUCUCAUUCAUUAUGUAGGAGCCGAGAAUUGGGAAAAUGUCAUGUGUUAUCUCGAUGCAUUAUUGUUCUCUAUGUUUGCCAACUUGGAGAGCUUUGAACCAAUUUUAUUUGUAUCCAAUCAAACUCCGAAUCAUUUAGUAGAUCAAUUAGCGGCAUUAAUACGGCUCUAUGUUAAUAUGUUAAGAUCAGGUAAUCUUAUAACUACCGAUAUUACCAUGAGAAUAUGUGAAGUACUUGAGAAAUUAGGAUUCAAAGAAGCCAUGUCUCAUAAACAACAGGAUUCUGCAGCCAUCUUUGAUUUCUUAACUGAAACCCUUUCCAUGCCACUUUUGACAUUUAAGAUCGACAUCAAACAUGGAGGUAAGUUCAGUAAGGAGGAUGAUGAAAAGAUAUCAAAGGAAAGAAUUCUCUUUGUCAGUAUUCCAGAUGAGGGACUCGAGUCGGAGUCCAGCACCAGUUCUCACGAUGGAGUGUUGCUCGAAGAGUGUCUUGAACAUUACUUCAAUAACUCCAUUAAUGUGAAACGAGAACUAGAGAGACGGGCUACGCUUGAGAGUGUCAGAGAAGUUGCUAAUGCCGCUAAUGCCGCAGCAGCAGUUUCUGGUGGUGCUGGUGCUGGUGGUGCUGGAGGUACAGUGUUCUACUACGGAGAAAUCCCAGAAAACAAUAGUGUAACCUCAUUCCCCUCAUCCAGUAAUCGCAAUUCAGGCAUAAACCAAUUGGAUUUAGAAGAAUCUAUCAGUCUCAAAGAACUGUCACCACCUCCUGCUGGAGUCAGACAUCGUUCCGACAGUUAUAAAGGCUCUCAAACAAGAUAUGUUACAAGAACAAGAUCAUCUACGAUCUCCUUAUGGUCGAUGAAUGAUAAUGAUCCUACCAAAUCUCGAGAAGUAAGCUUACCGGCCUGGAUGUUCUUAAGACUCUUACCAUUCUAUACUGAUAAUAAUGAUAUGGUAGGUCCUGAAAGUAUAGCUCGGAAUUCUAAAGAGUUUGUAGAUAGAAGACCCAUCUUACCCAUCUGUUUGAAACGGUACUCGUAUGAUUCUUCUAGCUCACAAGCUUCACGAUCGAAGCAGAGAAUCAUCAUUCCUCCCUUCAUAGAUCUUCCUCAAUUUGUAGCGGAUGAUGUAGAUGAAGUUACCCCGGGGAAUUAUCGAUUAAUCCUUGAAAGUGCAGUCUGUCAUCGAGGCAGUUCCAUUAAUCUGGGCCACUUUAUAUCGGUAGUAAGACGGGAUUCCGAUAAUGUCAAUAUGUCGGAAGAUGAAGGUCAUACAGCCAAAUGGUACCUCUAUGAUGAUAUGAAGAAGAAAUCUCGAAUUGUAGAAAAGACCUUUGCCGAGAUCUUUAACUCCGAAUGGCCCUAUAUGUUAUUCUAUCGAUUAGUGACACUUGAGGAUACACCUACUUCUACCGACAAAUCAAGUCCGGUAAUGCCUCCUCAUGGCUCUAAACCCAAAUACUGGGCAGAAGAUACUUUGAGUCCCAUCAUUUCUGCAUCCAAUACUGAAGAAGAGUUACCACUUCAAAAGCUUGAAAGUGCAGUAAGUACUACUUCAAGUAUACCUAUACCAGAUAUACUACCUACUGAUUCAAGAUCUAUGGAUAUAAGGCAUAGAUACUAUUGGUAUGUAGUGGAUAAGGAUAAGAAUUACUAUAAGGAAUUACCCAGUGUAGCCAAGGACGGAUCUAAUGAUGGGUCUGUGACUUUAAGUCCCCAAUUCCGUCGCAAUAGUCAAUGGAGUUUGAAAUCCAAUAUCAGCAGUAUCAAUAGCUUAAUGUCCUCUAAUAUUAAUCAUGAUUUCACUCAUGAAGUUACUGAGAAAGUGAAGAGCACCACCAUAUCGGACGAUAAGCCUAAGAAGACAAGCUCCAAGAAGGAGGCACCAUUCCUGCCUAAAAAGGAUGCUAAGACUACCAAAGCUACUAAGGAAUCGAAAGAUACUAAGACUAGUUCCAAAAAGGAAAAGGACAAGUCUCAUCACCAUCAUGUGUUCCAUCGCAACCAUAAGAGAGAAGAAUACAAGAAGGAUAAAUGUACAAUCACCUAGCUCUAUUAAUACUACUACUAAUGCAUAUUAUAGACACAUUUAUAUAAU